AUGCAACGGACCUGGAGUAGUGGGUUAACGUGGGAUUCGCCUCUCCCUGUUGAUAUCCAUGCGGAAUGGGCCGCUUUCGUCGCUGACUUAGCAUCGUUACUUACUAUUCGAGUACCGCGGUACGUAAAUACGAGACAAAGUUCACCAUGCUUAUUAUUAGGGUUUUUCGACGCGUCGCAGCUCGGGUACGCAGCCGUAGCGUACGUGCGUAUUAUUGACGCUCCGUCGGAUAAAUGUAUUUUUCUACUUGGAGCAAAAACCAAAUUAGCGCCAGUAAAGACGUUAACUGUGCCGCGCCUAGAACUGAGUGCAACGGUACUACUGGCCCGGUGGUUAGGACGUUUGCGUCAUAUUUUAGCGCCGCAAUUAAAUAUAAUCGAAACUCACGCGUGGUCCGACUCGACCAUAGCCUUGUCGUGGUUGACGGUUCCCCACGAUUCAUUCAAAACCUAUGUGUCCAAUCGUGUGUAUCAAGUUCACAACAUACUACCUAAGUGCCAGUGGCAUUACAUAGAGUCCUCCAACAACCCAGCCGAUUGCGCGUCGCGGGGCGUUAUGCCGUCGGAACUCGCGCACUUUUCGCUUUACUGGCAAGGACCACCCGUAAUCUAUUCUGAUACGUCACUUUGGGAACCAAGUCCUCCGCCGAAAAAUAUAUGUGAGUUACCCGAAGCUCGACCAGUUGUUUGCGCCGGCCGUGCCGAUGAUGUGCCCGUCGAGUGGUUCGCAUCUUUCUCGUCGUUUGAUCGAUUGAUCCUAGUGACAGCGCGCGUCUUCCGUUUUAUUAGUCGCUUUCGCGUAUUUCGUAAACGUACUUCAUGUCGGUUUCCGUCUGAGGAUCUAUCCGUGUAUCUAUCUAAGUCGGAGCUUGAUUACGCGACCCGUAUUACCAUAUUAGAAUCGCAGCGUGAUCAUUUUGCCGUACUGCGCCGUGAACUGUCACAUAGCUCGCGCGUGUCAUCGAGGUCAUUAUCCAAAUUGUCACCUUUUAUUGAUAGCGAUUCGGUGAUACGUGUAGGCGGUCGCUUGAAACAUUCAACGUUAACAUACGAGUGUAAGCACCCCAUAUUACUGGCUAAAGAGUCACACUUAGCUCGAUUGAUAGGUGAAAGAUGGCAUCGAUUGACGUGUCAUUCAGGGCCCCAGGUAAUGGCAGCGCUUAUACUACGACAGUAUUGGAUCGUUUCGAUCAGGUUGGUGUUGUAUAAAGUCGUAUCAAGUUGUACGAUGUGUGUGCGAUUAAACGCAAAACCAGUGCACCCCUUUAUGGCAGAUUUGCCCGCCUCCCGCGUGCAACAGUGUAGGCCUUUUGCCCGUGUCGGCAUUGAUUUCGCCGGACCUUUACAAAUGCGCGAACUUGGACUCCGAAAGUCCCGCAUUGUCAAAAUAUACAUAUCUGUAUUCGUUUGUUUCACCGUUAAGGCUGUGCACCUGGAGAUUUACAACAAAAAUGGAUGUCUGGAAUGUGAUUUGUCAUACCAUACUAUUAUUGUUGCUCAGUGGCGUGGUGAAGUACAUUAA